AGCCGCCGCCAUGGCGUUCUCCGAGAGCCAGCUGAAGAAAAUGCUCGCCAAGUAUAAGUACAGAGACCUAACUAUACAGGAGACAAACAGCGUCAUUUCUCAGUACAAGGACCUCAAACCUGUUAUGGAUUCAUAUGUUUUUAAUGAUGGUUCAUCUAGAGAGUUGAUGAGCCUCAGUGGAACCAUUCCUGUGCCUUACAGAGGUAACAUAUACAAUAUCCCCAUCUGCUUGUGGCUGCUGGACACCUACCCUUUCAAUCCCCCAAUCUGUUUUGUUAAACCCACUAGCUCAAUGACAAUAAAAACUGGGAAGCAUGUUGAUGCUAAUGGAAAGAUAUACCUUCCUUACCUGCACGAGUGGAAAUACCCCCAGUCAGACCUGCUGGAACUGAUUCAAGUUAUGAUUGUGGUGUUUGCUGAGGAACCUCCAGUCUUUUCUCGGCCCACUGUUUCAGCCAGCUACCCACCGUACCAGGCAACCGGCCCACCAACCACUUCCUACGUGCCUGGCAUGCCAGGAAUAUCUCCCUAUCCACCAGGAAGCACUACAAACCCAAGGUAAGAGCCACUCUAGCACUUAUCAUCAUCCAUGGCAU